AUACCUCAGUCGCUUGGUGGAAGUCGCGUCGAACGGUCGAACGGCAAAGAUCGUUCUAAGAAUUCGCAAUCAAUCGAGAAUCGAGUAUUGAGUAUUGAGUAUCGAGUAUGGGGGCAGCUUCAGUGCGUGUUUUGGGCGCAUUUAUUUGCGCCUUGAUCUGUGUGAAUCAGUUGGGUGUUUGGGCUUUAACUCCGGAUAAAGAUUCUACAGCAGCAGACCAUUCAACGACACCGCCACCAUGGAGAUUUUAUACGCGCGGAAGUCAACGAUACAACACAGCAGAGAGUGGACGAUCGGCGUCUGCCCCAACGAUCAGCCCUCAGCUGCAUAACGAGAUCAAGGAGCUGAUGACGAGUUUACACGAUCGCGUCGGCAUCUUGGCGACCCUGGAUGAGGACCAACGCCAUCGUCUGGAAGUCAUCGAUAAGAAACUCGAUCAGAUGGUGGAGGCGAACACGGGACGUAUGGAAUCGUUGAAGGUGCAGCAGCUGAACUUCCAGCAGCGAUUGGACAGCUUCGAACACAUCCAGCGAUUGACGCGCCACACACUCGAUGAGCUGAAAGGUGAAACGGAUUCGUACUUGGGAUCACGUGUGGCAAGACAGUUGAGGCAAAAGCAAAAGAAUCGUGCAAAGUUGACGGAUUUGUCUCGUCACCCGCGAGAAACGCCACAGCAAUAUCAACAUCAACAGCAACAACAAUUGCCACUGGGAACUGCGCGCGCAGUUCAACAAAAUGUAGCCGACAUUUUCAGCAAUCAGUCUGUGGGACCUGCCAUGAAAUUCAACAUCACUGAUCUCGAUGUGAAUAGUCGCCUCGAUGCCUUGGCCACAUUCUUGGUUUCCUUGGCUUACAAUGUGCAGGACACACGUAUGGGAGUCAACAGAUUGAUCAAGGAUACCAACAACAUCAAGCGUCGCUUGAUACAUCGUGGCAAGGGGCAAAACGCGCGCUUGCCACAGACAUCAGCUGUGUUGCCUUCAGCCGAUGAGACUGCAACGAGCUGUUUGCAAUGGGAUCUGGCAGUCAAGGGCAUCAUCAAGCUGCAGCUGACGCCCGAGAGCGAACCCUUCUACGUUCCCUGCGACAACGAAGGCUGGACUGUGAUCCUCAAUCGCUCCUCUGAUGACGUGAGCUUCCAACGCGGUUGGCUGGAUUACAAAGAAGGCUUUGGCAAUCUGGCUGGCGACUUCUUCAUAGGUCUGGACAAACUGCAUGCGUUGACUUCUUCGGUGCUGCACGAGCUGCGCAUUGAGCUGGAGGAUUUCGAUGGCAAUGUUGCCCACGCUGGCUACGAUGCCUUCGCCAUCAGCGGCGAGCGCGAAUUGUACUCGCUGCAGUUGCUGGGUCAGUUCAUAACGGAGCUGCAACCUUCAGCUGGUGAUUCACUCUCUUAUCAGGCAGGUGCGAAGUUUAGCACCUUCGACAGCGACAACGAUAAUUGCCUCGAAUGCAGUUGUGCUCAGCGUCACAAGGCCGCAGGUUGGUUUAACUCCUGCGCCACCAGCAAUCUGUUUGGCAUCUAUCACCAACAGAAUCCUAAUGAAGCCGGCGAGACGGGCAUCUUUUGGGACACGUUCCAGGGCAAAGAGACGUCGCUGCGUCGUGUCAAAUUGCUCAUACGCCCCGUGGGCCAGGACGAGGCCAGACGUUAGAGCUGCCUGCGUCGGCGUCGACGUCGACGUCGGCUGCCAACUGCCAUCAGUCAGGGAAUAACAUAUGUGUACUUGUAUCGUGUAAACCUCAAAAACAGAAAUUUGCUAACCCCAAAAGAAGCGUGAGCUUUGCAUUUUUUGAGAGAAAAACUGUAGCGUUAAGUAACUUUUCUACUACUUUUCCCCCAGCACUGUAAUAUUUAUGGAAAAUUACCUAAUACUCUUCUAGACGUUAAUAAAGUGGCGCUGCAUGUCGUGUAUCGUUGUACAAA